AUGGUCGCCAUGGGGGAGGCGGCGCGGCCGCGGGCGCUGUUCCUGGCCGGGCUGGCCGCGGUCUACAUCGCCGCCUUCGGCUCCCUCUACGUGCAGAUCCCCGGGUGGGGGUCUCAGCCCGUGUCCCCCCCCUCCAGGGACAGCCUGCUGCUGGAGGCCGGCUUCCUGGCCGUGCUGGUGGCCCCCCUGCGGCUGCUGAGGGGGGGGUCCCCGGCCUGGAGACCCCACGACGCCGUCACCUUCUGGGCCGUGCGCUGGCUGCUCUUCCGCCUCAUGUUCGCCUCGGGGGUGGUGAAGCUCACCAGCCGCUGCCCCACAUGGUGGGGGCUCACAGCCCUGACGUACCACUACGAGACCCAGUGCAUCCCCACGCCGGGAGCCUGGCUCGCCCACCAGCUGCCCGUGUGGUUCCAGAAGCUCAGCGUGGUGGCCACCUACGUCAUCGAGGUGGCCGUGCCCCUGCUGUUCUUCGCUCCCCUGCGCCGCCUGCGCCUCUUCGCCUUCUACUGCCAGGUGCUGCUGCAGGUCCUCAUCAUCCUCACGGGCAACUACAACUUCUUCAACGUGCUGACCAUCGUGCUGGCCCUGUCCCUGCUGGAUGAGGAGCACGUGGGGCGCUGGCUGGGCCGGCCCCGCAGGAGGCACGGCUCUGCCUGGCCCCCCAGCCUGGGCUCGGUGCUGGCCACGCUGCUGGAGCUCAGCACCUACGGGCUCCUGCUCUACUGGACCGUGCGUUACUUCAGCCUGGAGCUCAACUGGGACAAGAAACUGCUGGACUCCAAAGUGGCUUUCACCUACCACGAGUUCACCACGUGGCUGCGGACGGUGACGCUGCCGCUCGUGGGGGUGGCGUUCCUGUCCCUGUCCUGGGAGAUCCUGGUGGCCAUGUACCGCUGUGUCUGUGUCCGGGGAUGUUUCUGGAAGCUCUGGGCCACCCUGCAGUGGGCCAUCAUGGCCACGGCCACCGUGGGCCUGUUCGCCGUCAGCCUGGUGCCCUUCACGUACAUCGAGCACGAGUCCAACGGGAAGCUGUGGCCGGGCAUCCACCGCAUGUUCGGGGCCGUGGAGCGAUUCCAGGUGGUCAAUUCCUACGGCCUCUUCCGCAGGAUGACCGGCGUGGGCGGCCGGCCAGAGGUCAUCCUGGAGGGCAGCUGGGAUGGCCACAGCUGGACGGAGAUCGAGUUCAUGUACAAGCCCGGCAAUGUGAGCGCUGCCCCGGCCGUGGUGGCCCCGCACCAGCCCCGCCUGGACUGGCAGCUCUGGUUCGCCGCCCUGGGGCCCCACCAGGGCAGCCCCUGGUUCAGUGCCCUGGUGCUGCGGCUGCUGCAGGGACAGCCCGACGUGAUCCGCCUGGUGCAGGCAGACGAGUCCCGGUACCCGUUCCACGCCCGCCCUCCCACCUUCGUGCGGGCCCAGCUCUACAAGUACUGGUUCACAUCGGCCAGCGAGGCCAGCCCGGGCCCGGCCCCGUGGUGGCGGCGGCAGCACGUGCAGGAAUUCUUCCCCGCCGUGUCCCUGGGAGACCCCAAGCUGGAGACCCUGCUCAGCCAGCACGGCCUCAAGGACAAGCCCCCCCCUCGCCGCCGGGCUGACUCCCUCCUGCCGCGGUUCCUGGGCUCCGUGCGCCGCCUGUGCCGGCCCUUCUCGGGCCCCACCCUGCUCUGGUCCCUCUACCUGGUGGCCGCCACCGCGGGGCUGCUGCGAGCCCUGGCCCGGCGGGCGCGGGGGGGGGCGCCCCCAGCUCGCCACAAAGGGCCCCGGGACAGGGGCGAGAGGAACGGGGUGAGGGGCACGGAGGGGGCGCGGCCCGAGGGCCGGCACGGCAACAAGAGGAAGAAGUAG